AGUGAACGUGAUAGAAUAGUACUAAGCCAAGGUGGGAGAGGGAGGGACCAGGAUAGCAUACAGACCGUUCUGAGCUCAGCGAUCAGAACAUCCCUAAGAUCUAAACUUAGAGGACCAUGGGAGGUGUGGUGGUGGACGAGGGGCCUGGGGGGGUGAAGGCACCAGACGGGGGGUGGGGCUGGGCUAUACUGUCCGGCUGUUUCAUCAUCACUGGGUUCUCCUACGCCUUCCCCAAGGCUGUCAGUGUGUUCUUCAAGGAACUGAUCAGAGAGUUCGGAGUGGGGUACAGCGACACAGCAUGGAUCUCAUCUAUACUGCUGGCUAUGCUCUACGGCACAGGUCCUCUGUGCAGUGUGUUGGUGAAUCGUUACGGGUGUCGUCCGGUGAUGAUGGUGGGGGGACUGUUUGCCUCUCUGGGGAUGAUUCUGUCUUCCUUCUCCACCAGCAUCAUCCACAUCUACCUCACUACUGGAGUCAUUACAGGUCUGGGCCUGGCGUUGAACUUCCAGCCAUCUCUGAUCAUGUUGAAUCGCUACUUCAGUGAGAAGAGGCCCCUGGCUAACGGGCUGGCUGCUGCUGGGAGCCCUGUGGCCCUCUGCUGCCUCUCCCCUCUGGGACAGGUGUUGCAGUACCAGUACGGUUGGAGAGGAGGCUUCCUCAUCCUGGGGGGGUUACUGCUCAACUGCUGCGUCUGCGCGGCCCUCAUGAGGCCCCUAGUGGCCCCUCCUAAAACCCCCCAGCUGGAACUGGAAGAUGGAGAGAAGGAGGGAAGAGAGGUAGAGAAGACCCAGUCCAAACCCAAACCGCUCCUGGACUUCAGUGUGUUUAGGGACAGGGGUUUCCUGAUCUACACCAUAGCUGCAUCUAUUAUGGUCCUGGGUCUGUUUGUGCCGCCUGUGUUCGUGGUGAGCUAUGCCAAGGAGCUGGGGAAUGAAGACACUAAGUCGGCCCUCCUCCUGUCCAUCCUAGGCUUCAUAGAUAUCUUCGCCCGGCCCACCUGUGGCAUUAUCGCUGGGCUGAAGUGGGUCAGGCCCAGAGUUGUCUACCUGUUCAGCUUCGCCAUGAUCUUCAAUGGAUGCACCGACCUGGUGGGAUCUCAGGCGAAGGACUACCCAUCUCUGGUGGUGUUCUGUGUGUUCUUCGGGAUCUCCUACGGGAUGGUGGGGGCACUACAGUUUGAGGUUCUCAUGGCCAUCGUUGGCACGGAGAAGUUCUCCAGCGCUUUAGGACUCGUGCUGCUCAUGGAAGCUAUCGCUGUGCUGGUGGGACCGCCUGGAGCAGGUCGGCUGCUGGACGCCACUAAGAACUACAUGUACGUGUUCCUGCUGGCAGGAACUGAGGUGGUUCUCGCCGCCGUGGUCCUCGCCACGUGUAACUUCCUGUUCAUCAGGAAGAAGCCCUCAGAACCCACCGCGGAACUGGAGAACGGAACGGUUGCCACGGAGAUGGAGCAGCUCAACAAGCCCGUUGCCGCCGAGGAAGAGGAGGAGGAGGAAGAAGAGAAGGGGGAGAAGGAGGAGAAAGAGAAAGAGGAGGUGAAGGAGAUGAAGGAGGAGGACAGUGAGAAAGAGAAGGAGGAGAUCAGGCCUGAGAUCGUAGAAGUGGAGCGCAUCCUUAAAGAACCAGAAGAACAAAAUGGCGCAGUGCUCUCCAGUUCUGAGACACGUCUGUAGGAGGAAGAGACCCUGGCACAGGACAAACUAUAGACUGCCAAGGGCACUUUAAAUGGCACUAAGAAAUGUACUCUGUGAACUUUGAAGGGGACUAAAAAGUGUACUUUGUGGGGCAAGAAAGUGCUUAGAGAAGCAUACUGGGGAAGACGGAGCUGGUCCUAGCAGUAUCCUGCUGUAUGUAGUUGAGAUGUUGUGUUGUUGUGUUGUCGUGUGUAGCUGUUCUCUGUGGGGCUGUGUGCCAUAUCAACAUCAAUAACACACACACACACACACACACACACACACAAUCGUGAAGUGAAACCGACAAAUGUCAAGUGAAUAACCGUACUAAUAGUCUUGUGCGCGCCAUGUGAAUUGUGAAGCUACAAGUGUCUAGUGCUGCAGGGAUCAAACAAAAGGUGUGCUGUGGUAUAAAGUCUGUUGUUGUUUGUAAUAAUAUGGAAAAAAAGACAAUCCUGCCUACUACUUUGGAGCACAACAUUAGAAGUGUUCUGGAACUUUAACCAAACCCAGUGUGGAACAUUCCGCUGUCAUUCAACAUUCCGCUGAGUGGUAGGAAGGAAUGGAUACCUGGCUAUUGUCAUGCAUAUCAUUUCACUCUGAGCUUUGGUACAGAGAUUUAAAGGUAUAGUGAUGUUGAAUGGUUGAAUUUCACUCUGCAACCUUGUAGAGAUUGUAGACUUUAUAGACUAGGACAAUGAGAACACCAGACUAGUAUCCCUGGUUACAUCCCAAAUGGCACCCAGAGAGAGGCACCAUUUGGACAUGUUUGUUUAUUUCAGUGUUAUAACAUAAACUAUGACGACAGAAAGAGGUCACACUGUUUCUAGACUUCACAGUUGAAUCUGUAGAUACAGCGCUUGAGUCCCAAAUGGCACCCUAUUCCCUAUAUAGUGCACUACUUUCAACAAGGGCCCAUAGUGCUCUGCUCAAAAGUAGUGCGCUAAAUAGGGAACAUUAUUAGGUCUCACAGAACUAGCCGACAGAAACCAUUCAGUCCAGAGAAACCAAUGACUUCCCAUGCAGAUCUAAAACAAAUAACUUAGUGGUAUUCAACUUCUUUCCAAUAUUUGUAUUAUCAGUUUUUUUUUAAAUGUAUUGAUACUUUUAUUAUGUCAGUAUUGUUAAGGAAGUUAAGGAAGGCUAUAACCUCUCUCCAUUUCAUGAUAAGUCAUAUGUAUGUACUUCACCGUUACUGUGUGUGUUCUGUUUUCUAAACGAUAACUUGAAUUGAGACUCUGUGUUACAUGUUAAUUGAUAAUGAUGCUGUUAGGUAGUGGUGUGGGCAUUAUUUUACCUUGGGUGCAUCCCAAAUAGCACCAUAUUCCCUAUAUAGUGCACUGUCUCUCUCACUAUGUCCCCGGUCAAAAGUAAGAGGGAAUAGGGUUCCAUUUGGGAUGCAUCCCUUGUUUAUCUGUUGGGAGCUACACAAUGAAACUAAACACCUCAAAGAGUUGGAACUGAAAGUACCACAUAAACAACAACAAGCCAGAAUUUAAAGUCAAGGUUUAUUGUUCUUGUCAGUGGCCAAGUAGAGAUUAUAAUAUGUUUAUAAUCUUAUUCGAGUUUAGAUCAUUAUAAUUUAAUAGGAGCCAGUUCUGAUUAUUUUGUUAUUUGGCACUUAGGUCACGUCAGAUAGUAGAUGAGAUAUGAAGACUUACAGUACCUUGGAAUAUUUCCCAAACUCAUUUUGGUUAUCAGAGCUCUUCCAAGCACGUCUAACCCAAUUAGGUCUCAGUGUUUCCUGGUCAGGUCACGUGGGGGCCUAAUCAUAUGAAUCCCCUCUUUACACCUUGACUGUGUGGAACCAUGCUUGUUUCAGUCAUACUUGUUCUGAUUAUACACCUUGACUGUGUGGAACCAUGCUUGUUUCAGUCAUACUUGUUCUGAGUGAUGAAUAAUGACUGAAUAAACGGCCAUGUUCUA